UUGUAUCGUUAUGUUAUAAUUCACAUAUCAAGUACUUCAUGCACUGUUACAAUAUAAUUAUAAGGCAAUGUCAAGUGCAUCCGAUUUAAAUGUUUUCUUCGUUGCUUUCAUCAUGAUGGAUUAUUAAUGUGACUAAAGGAGCCCAAUGUGUUUGGAUUAAAGAAAACAGACAUGGCGCAUUGGGGAUAUAUGACGAAAAAUGGCCCAUCAACUUGGGGCAAGGAUUUUCCGAUCGCCAACGGCGAACGUCAGUCUCCAAUCGAUAUCGUGACGUCAGCGGCGGAGUAUGACUCUGACGUCCAGGGAUCCAGCCCCUUGUCGACCAACUACACUCCAGAAAGUGAAGUCAAGCUUGUCAACAACGGACACAGCAUUAUGUGCCAAAUCACGAAAAAGGGAGUUCUGACAGGCGGUCCCCUGGGUAAAGAUGAAUACCGCCUGGAGCAGUUUCAUCUUCAUUGGGGUGCCGAGGACGGCCGUGGAUCCGAACACACCGUCGACGGGAAGAUGUACGCUUCAGAGCUUCAUCUGGUUCACUGGAACGCUACUAAAUACAGCAGCUUCGCAGACGCCGUCCAGAAGCCUGACGGACUAGCGGUUCUUGGCAUCUUCAUCACGCCUGGGGUAGCGUGCAAUCAAUUCAAAGUUAUAUCAGAUAACUGUGGUAAAUUGAAGACCAGUGGCGCGGAAAUGACCGUGGAAACCACCCUUGACCCCACCCUCCUCCUGCCCUCAAACACGAGCGAUUACUGGACUUAUCUCGGCUCCCUGACCACGCCCCCACUGUUUGAAAGUGUCACGUGGAUUGUGUUUAAAGAGCCAGUCGAGUAUUCAAAGGAGCAGCUCUCGGCUCUCCGAAACCUAGUGGAUUCCGAUGACAAUCCUAUGCAGGACAACAACCGGCCUCCGGCUCCUCUCAAGCAGAGGAAAGUGAAGAAAACCUUCACGUAACGGAUGUUUCGAAAUGAAAUCCAUGUAAAUGAAAGGUUUAAAUUAAAAUGAAAUCCAAGGGAAAGCACUUCUUUAAGUGUUGAUUCAAGAAUGGUCGAGUUGUUUUGCUUAUGUUACAAUGUCGUUUGUUAUUUUGCAGUUUACAUCAUAGUACACAAACAAAUACAGUAUUACUACAUAUAUACAUUCUGAAUAUGGAAUAUUAAAUAUGUUUCCAUUUAAUUUUAUGUUGUUUUUUACUUAUUCCUGUUUGUAUUUGUUGGCGAAUUAUGAAAUGCUUACAUAAUUAUCUUUAUAUAUUAUAUACAUGUAUAUCAAACCCAAAGAGUGUUUACAUUUUGGAUGGAUUAUGCAUGUAGCCAAAGAGUAGCCUUAGUUUGAAUAAAGACAAUUACCAUGUUUUCUAUCUACAAAAAAGGAAGUAUAUUAAAGGCCCUUUAUAUUUGGAAAUGAAAGCUUGCUUGUGUUUAUGUUUCACGACUUAAAGGUCCUCGCUCAUUGUUGUGAUAUGCACCUUUUACAAAAAAAUGUUAAAAUAUUGUAUAUGGAAACCUCAAUGUAACAUUUUAACUUAAAACACGCUAGUAACGCGAUUCAGCAAAAGGCUGUAACGCGAUUGGUUGAUGUUUAAUAUCACGUGAUACCAAUGUAUUCGAGAAAGGUUAAACUAUCCUUGUGGCCGAGUGGCUACGGUGUCAGUUUACAAGGUUUUUUUCCCUCAACCAGAAUAUUGUGUAUACUUAGAUAAAUAUUAUUGUAUUUUUGCAACUUUGCUAUAAAAGAGUUACCAAAUUAUAAUAGAAGUGUUUUCGGAUGCAUUACCGGGAACAGUUAUUUUUUGUGCCAACUUAUGAGCUUGUCCCUUUAAGUUAGCCAUUAGUGGUAACAUCAGCCCAGAAAUGGGGAACAUAAUAUAGAUAUAGGUAUACAAAACUUACCUUAAUUAUGUACAUACAUAUAAAAACUCAAGGUUAUGUCGCUUUCAUCAAAUAUUUUAGCAUAAGAAAGUACACAAUAUACAUAAGUCAUACAAGAAUACUUCAAAACAAUUCAUUUUCAUUUGCCCAUAACUGUUUAACGUCCCCAGUAAAGGUGCUUGCGAUUAACAGUGGCUACAACAAUGUUGAGUUAUUGUCAGUUUUUUGUUUUGGGUUACGUUUCUUACUUUGAAAAUUUAGUUGUCAAUUGUAGUAAAUGCGUUAUGUGCAAAUAAAGAAAUAAAAUAAAAUAAAA